GGGAACUGUGUGAAAUGGUGGCUGCUGGGCAAGUCUCUCCCUGCCCCCUCUCCCCAGCCCUGGCCACAUGGAGGGGCCCCAAGAUGGCGGCCACCGUGUCUGCCUCGGAGGCCGGAGGCACAACCCCACCUCACUGCGCCAGAGGGGAGCAGCAUUUCAGACUCAGCACAGCAUCCCUCCAGGGGCUGUUGCUGGUGUCUACCUUGUGUUUCUUUUUAGAUUGUGAGCCCUUUGGGGACAAGGAAUUAUCUUCUUGUUCUUUUCUAUGUGAAUCAUUUUGAGAACGUUUGUGCUGAAAAGCUGUAUAUAAAUAGUUGCCAGGAGUUGAUUACCGACUUGACGGCACACUUUACCUUUAUUAGUAGCAGAAGUAGUAGGCCAAAAGGUUUUCAUUUUGGAAAGGAAAAGAAGCCAUGCACGGUUUUUCCAGUCUCCUAACCAGUAUUCCCUCUAAGUUUAGAUUGAAUGUUAAAAGGAAGGAAGAAAACUCAACAUGGCUCCUGCACAACAGCACUUCACAGAUACUCUUUGAUUUUGUAAUGUCUACUGAGAAGGUAACUGGACAAACGUGAGCUACUCUUGUAACACAUUUCAACUUCUUGUGAAAUUGGCUUGAAAAAAAAGAGAAGAUGCUUCGUGUGGUUUGGAAUCGGCAUCUGAAGCUAAUGACUCGCACUGCUGUUUCUGAUGUAUAUUUAAAGUUGAUCUUUUCAAGAAGCUCUGUCCUUGCAUGGAAGUCAUGGAUGUCAAUCCACUCCCUUGUUGGGGACAAGAAUAUCAUCCUGAUGGGACCCCCGGGUGCUGGGAAGACAACAGUAGGAAAAAUAGUAGGGCAGAAACUAGGCUGUUGUUUCAUUGAUGUGGACGACGACGUCCUUGAAACAGCUUGGAAUAUUAGUGUGGCAGAAAAAUUGAAAGAUCUUGGUAAUGAACAAUUUUUAGAAGAGGAAGGAAAAGCUCUGUUAAGUCUUUCAGUAUCUGGAAGUGUGGUUUCCCUUACUGGGUCUAAUCCAAUGCAUGCUGCCAGCAUGGCACACAUGAAGAAAAAUGGAAUUGUCGUAUAUUUGGAUGUGCCUACACAAAGCAUAAUGGAUCGACUAAAAUUAAUGAAGGUGGAUCGAAUUGUGGGGCAGGGUCCUGGAACCUCUCUGAGAGACAUACUUCAGUUUAGAAAGCAGUUUUACAAAAAGUGGUACGAUGUCCGUGUUCUUUGCGAAAAUGAGAUUACGGCCGAGGCUGUUGCCGAUAAAGUGCUCCAUGCAGUUAAGUGGCAUCAAAACUCAGAAGCGGAAGGCUUCGUUUCAACCAGAAGGCCAAGGUAUGAUGAGAAAGAUGAGCAAAAAAGCCCCACUAAGUAUUUCAGUGAUGCUGUUGUUGAAGGCUUAGCGCCUGAUGGUGGACUCUUUGUUCCUGAGUUGGGACUUCCAAAAUUCUCCGCUGGAGAAUGGCAGACUUUGUUAGGGACAACCUAUGCUGAAAGAGCUCAGACUAUAUUGGAAAAGUGCAUACACCCUGCUGAUUUGCCUGCUUCCAAAUUGUGGGAAAUGGUUGAGAUUGCGUAUGGACAAAAUUUUGCAUGUUCUAAAAUAGCCCCGGUUAGGCACCUGACAGGCAAUCAGUUUCUUUUGGAGCUGUUUCAUGGACCAACAGCUUCAUUUAAGGAUUUGGCAUUACAGUUGAUGCCUCAUCUGUUUGCAUACUGCAUUCCCCAAACCUGCAAUUAUGUGAUCUUGGUAGCUACUUCUGGUGACACAGGAAGUGCAGUACUAGAUGGUUUCAGUAGGCUUAAAGAGACUGAUAAGCAAAGGAUUGCCGUGAUGACCUUCUUUCCUGAUGAUGGAGUUAGCCAGAUACAGAAAUCUCAGAUGAUUGGUUGCCAGGAAGCAAAUGCAAAAACAGUUGGUGUAAAAUCUGAUUUUGAUUUUUGCCAGUCAGCCAUUAAACAAAUGUUUACAAAUUCAGAUUAUACUGGUUUUCUCACUAUGGAAUAUGGGACAGCAUUAAGUGCAGCAAAUUCUAUCAACUGGGCACGAUUGCUUCCUCAGGUGGUUUAUCAUGCUUCUGCCUACCUUGACCUUGUUGAGCAAAAGGUUAUUCCGUUUGGGAGCCCCAUAGACAUCUGUGUUCCUACGGGAAACUUUGGCAACAUACUGACAGCUAUGUAUGCAAAACUGAUGGGAAUCCCUAUAAGAAAAUGUAUCUGUGCUUCCAAUCAAAACAAUGUACUGACGGAAUUUAUAAAAACAGGCCUGUAUGAUUUGAGGGGAAGGCGACUGAUGCAGAGUUUGUCACCAGCAAUAGACAUCUUGAAGUCUUCCAACCUUGAAAGACAUUUGCACCUGAUUGCAAACAGUGAUGGACAGCUGGUGACAGAGUUAUUUAGCUGCCUAGAAAAUCAGCAUUGCUAUCAGUUGCGGGAAGAGCUCCUUGAAAAGCUUCAGCAAGAUUUGGUGGCCGACUGGUGCUCCGAGGAAGACUGUCUGGGCGCAAUUCACUCCGUGUUCAAUACCACGGGGUACAUUUUGGACACACACACAGCUGUAGCAAAAGUAGUUGCUGACCGACUGCAAGAUAAAACCUGCCCAGUUGUCAUUUCAUCGACUGCUCAUUAUUCCAAGUUUGCACCUGCUAUCCUGCAGGCAUUGAGAAUUGGAGAAAUAAAGCAGACGCCAUUAAGUCAGCUUCACUUGUUAAACUCCUACAACCCUUUGCCACCAGUCCAUAGGGGCCUAUUAGAGACACUGAAAAAGAAUGAGAAGCAGAACUAUCAGGCUUGUGCCGCUGACGUUAAUGUCCUUAUGGACCACGUUGAAGCCUUAAUACAAAACCGGUUCAUGAAGGUUUUUUAGCCAUAGGCUUGCUUGGCAUUUGCCCUGCAUGCCGUUUUAUUAUUUCGUGUUCCCCAAAGCAUUUUUAAUAAAUACUUAGUAAAUCGG